GGGGGGCAGUAGACAGCUGAUCGCUGCUUUCGACGGACGGUCGUUUUCGCGUCGCUCCGCUCCGCUUUUGCGAAAACGAGAGGGAGAAAGAGAUAACGCGCUUCCGGUGUGUGUGUUUUUCUAUCUCUCUCUCUCUCUCUCUCUCUCUUUUCCUCUUCCUCUUCCUCUUUCUUUCUCUGUCUCUAUCUUGUUAUCAAGAAAAUUAGAAAAUUAAAAUCUGACAAAAAACGAUAUAAAACAGUAGAAGUAUAAGAUACUAGAAAAACAAGUGAACAACACGAGGGGCGCAUUCUCUCUUUCCCAAGAAAGGGAGAGAGAGAGAGAGAGAGAGAGAAAGAGAAAGAUAGAAACAGAAUAAAGAAAGAAAGAAACGAGUGCCCUGACGAGUGGGCGCGCGCGCGCGCGCCUUCGGAUAAGUGACACCGCGCUGCGCGUUAUUACACACUACUGUGAAAAUUGCAAUCGCGUUCGACGUUUCGCAGAAAUUCUUUUACGUGCAAACGAUUGAUAUUACACUUUUUUUUUGAUCGGCUGUAUUUAACUUCGACGACGUCCUUACUUCUCCAAUGGCCGCCGUCCGAAUAAGCAGAGUGAGUGAGGAGUAAAGAAGGAGCGAGCGAGUGGGUAAUUCCUGCCAGGAGGAUGGGGGCCCACGAUGGGGGAGUGCCACUGCUCUAACAUCGCUAUCAUGCAGCUGUUCCACGAGCUGAAGCAGCAGUUCCCCGCGCUCCCUGAUUACGUCGUUUCCCAGUGCAUCGCACAGAACAGCCACGACAGGGAGAUAUGCGCAAGAAGUCUACGAGCAACCCAAGAAUCGCGUCCGUCACCGGGCGCUUUUCCACCGCCCCCACCUGCUGCUGCUGUUGCUGCUCAACAUCACCACCAAUCGCAUUAUCAACAGCAGCAACAGCACCAGCAACAUUAUCAUCAACAACAGCAGCAACGUUGCUGCGUUAUGAACCAUCAAUCAACGCAACGCAUUACAUCGAACAGCAAUGGUUCACGACCUCCUAGACCAGCCUCAUUGGAUAUCGGCGUGGCACGACGUUUUCCUAUUGGCUGUUCACGUGUCGCCGCGGCAUCGUCAUCCGUAACUGCAAUCGAACCAUCUGCACCCUCUUCCGCACCAGCGGCUUGCAAAGCACGCGGUUUUUUUGACGACGUCCCGUCCGCAAACACCAAUGGCAACAAUUGCGUAAGCAGCAAUGUUGCUCCUGGAUUCGAACUCAACGUUAAUGUCGCCUGCAGUCCUGCGGGCAACCGCGACUUUCGAACGGUGCCGACAAUCGGUACGUGUAAACGAAGCGACCUCGUUGUCGAACCUCGACCUCAUUACGCAGAACCUCAGUUGGCUAUAGGAAAAAACACUGGACAAUUUGACCAUGCACGUAGUUACACAUCAGUUAGCUUGACACUGAGGCCACCGUCGUCGGAUCCACAACCACCGAUUGACAUCAGAUCGCAAGGUUCGAGUUUGACAUAUUCGACCUCGUCUUUGGACCCACGAGGAUUUCAAAGCCGCUUACAGAUUAGCAUUGGGCCAGGAAGCGUUGGCAGCGUAGCGGCUGCAAGAAUUAGACCACCGAUGGGUCCUGCCAGACCCAAUAGCCUGCUUCCCCCCACUCAAAUUAGUCCACAGAGGCCUCCAGGACUUCCUGCUGGACCUCCGAGUCAGUUACCAAGGCCGACGACAACAAUGAGUGCCCCAACCACACCUUCAGUUCCAACAAUAACGAAUAUUAUUUCAUCUAAUAGUCUCCCUGCGACUCCGUCUGAACCAACGGCAAUCUCUCCUCCCUCUAGUCCCGUUAAAGAAAAACCGUUAAUCGACCAGGAUCAAAAUCGUUCGCCGUUAAACCAAGUGGCAGAACAUCAAAGAAAACUGGUCGCUGAACAAUUAGCGAGGAAGGAAAGGCUCGCCAAGGAAUUAAGAGCCGAAAAGGGACGACUUGAAGCAAUGAAGAAAGAACUGCAGUCUCUAGCGAGACCCCCAGAUUCUUCGAUAUCGCCACAGGAACUGAAAAUAAAAUUAAGAAGCGAAAUUUACCAAUUGCAAAUCGAAUGCGACAGACUUGCAGAUGAAGUGGAUCAAUGGUCAGACCCACGUGUACCUCUAGGUGAAACAAAUGAAGAAUUUUAUCAGGGCAUUUAUACUGGUCAACCUUUUUUACCAUUCUCUCAUCUGGCACCACCACCAUUGCCAAGUCAGCCACCAGCUUGGCAACCCUCUAUGGGUGCUGCAGAUAUCAAUGAUAGAGAAGAAGACAGGGAUGGACCUUCGUGGGUCUGCAGGAUGUGUACCUUCGAUAAUCAUCCACUUAUGAAUAAGUGCGAGCAAUGUGAUAUGCCAAGACUUUUGGAUCACGGCAAUGCAGGUAGGAUACAUGGAUCGCUGCUUGAACAAACCAGUACGUCAUCGUCAGAUCGAUUUCCUAAUCUACUAUCUCAGUUGCCUGAUUGAAUAAACCAACAAUCCUAACGGCAUGUUGUUUUUGUUACAAUGAGUUUUAAGUGAUUUAUUAGUUACACUGAUACCAGAAAUUUAUCAAACCAUUUUCACUAAUCUUCUAGAAUUUAUUUGCCAAAUAACUGUUUCUCAAAGAAAAGUAUUUUGGUUCCUUAACGAGAGUUAACUCAAAGAAAUUAGCAAUAAAUGAAGAAUAGAUUUCUUCGAUCAAAUAAAAAAUACUACAGACAAAUAUGAAGCUUUGAACAAAUGAAAAAAAUAAUAUUUUUAUUCUUUUAUCGUAAGAGAAUUGUGAAAUCUUCUUGACAAGUUAACUCAGGUUGUCUGGUUAAGAGAUUGAAACAAUGUAAUUAUAUUUAUUGAAGUACUUGAUCUUUGUUAAACUCAAAUAAUUCAUAAUUUAUGCAUUAUUGUACAUAAUUUCAGUAAAUUUAUUGUUGUAUUUGUAGUUAUUAAAAUAACAAGUACGUAUAACUAAUCAAUGAAUACAGUACAAUGAAAGAAAUAUAA